AUGUCAACGAUGAUGCACCUCGACUAUCCGCGCUCACCCGUGAUCCACACACACCAAGAAGAACCAGCAGACACCCACCUUUUUGAAGCGCCCUCACCCCUCCUCACAGCCAGCGGCUCUUCCCGUCCACGCUCUAGCACACUGCAUUCUGCUACCAGCUCACAAACACCCCUCCGACGCGUCACUUCAGCAGCACUCCGACGCGUCUCUCGAGAAUAUAGUAUUCGUGGUUCCGAUGAUCUCCCACAACAUGCGAGUUUCGAUCGUGAUGGCAAAUAUGUACCGCCACCACCCCUUGCACCGAUUCCUGCACCACGAAGCAGUUUAGAUGCCUCGUCAAAACGCAGUAGCGGGCAUGGCAGCGGAUUAGAUCGUUUGAAACGGCGACGUGGCGGUGGUGAUGCUUCUUUGAAAGCAGCACAGCGUGCUUGGCAACAAACCCCAGAGACGCGUGGGAAGGAUGGAUUACUAUCGACGUAUGGGCAUGCGAGUGCCAUGCAUGCUGCUUCCUUAUCCUCUGCCACGAUGCAACCCCCUGCGAAUGCAGCAGCGGCUGCUGGUGUUCAGUUGGAGAUGGUGCGUGGAUCGGGUUAUGCGCGUUAUCCAACCACAAAGUCUUCAGCGCCCAAGACACUCAGAGUGGAGGGACAGCGUGUCAAGGGCUUCAAAGCUGUUUGGCGAGACUUCAUCCUCGGUCUGCGUCUCAAGUUUUACCGCUUCAAAAAGUCACUUGGCUUGGGACCCUCUGCGGUGUCUGGCUGA